AUAUAUAUUAUGAUGAGCAUGAAAGAAAUGAUAUCUUACAAUAUCAAAAAGAAUUUUUAGAAAAAAUAUAUGAGCAUGAGGAGUACAUGUCAAAAUAUGAAGAUGAAUUUAUGAAUCAGAUAUGUCUCAGCUUAUCUGAAGGAGAGAAAGAGAGAGUCCUUGUAGUUCAUGAUGAAUAUAUUUUUUAUUUGAAUGAUGGCAAAUGCGGCAUUAAUCUCAGCGAUGUCAAGUCAGUUGGCAAGAGUAUCUCAGAAUUGCGUAUCAAUUAUAGUGAUAACUGGAAAAUAAAGGAUAUGAGGUGGGUUGGUCAAGGUGUGGAUAAUGAUGAGACUAUGGCAGGAUUAUUUUUAUCAAUUUAUGUAACUGCGAGGCAUAUGGGGUGGCCUGCUGAUAGGCCUGCUGCAAGGCUUAGGGCAUGUCCUGCUUUGGCUUGCCCAUCUGAUACUGGCGCAUCUAUUGAUCACAUUCAUCACAGUACUUGUGGCGGAAGCUGGAUUGAUCUGAUAUUAUUGGGCCAUACUCGGCUCUCAGUGCAGGAUGUCAAAUUUCUAGACCUGUGUCUCAGUUAG